AUGUCAGCCUCAACGCCUCCGUCAAUCCCCCAAUCCUCCACAUCCCCCUGGAUCAUCCUCGCAGUAACGAGCGGCGCCUUCGCUGCAUUGAACGGUGUUUUCGCGAAAUUAACCACGGACGACCACACAACGGCCUUCGCACAAUCCCUCGCCCACCUCUUCGGUCUAGAGUCAUCGCCGGUGAUUGAGAUGCUUACUCGAGGUGCCUGCCUCGGCCUAAACGUCCUCUGCAACAUAAUAAUGUGGGCACUCUUCACACGCGCGCUAACAGCCGGUCCAUCCACGGUUAAAGUCUCGAUCACGAAUACGGCGUCGAAUUUCCUGGCGACAGCGGUUUUUGGAAUGAUUGUUUUUCAGGAGGCUGUUGGCGGGCUUUGGUGGUUGGGGGCUGCGAUGAUGGGGGCUGGGUGUAUUUUGGUUGGGAUGCGGGAGGGGGCUUAG